CGCUAAACCCACCACCAUGCGAGGCAUCGGCGCCGCCGCCGCCGCCGCCAGGCGGCACGCGCACCUCCCCACGUCCUACGCCGCCGCCUUCUCCUCCCUCUCCGGCGGCGGCGGCGCCGGGCGCGGACGCGGCUGCGGCCUGCCGCCCUCGUCGGCGACGCCGCGCGCCCCCGGGAGCCCCGUCCCGGACGACGGCGGCGCGGAUCCAUUCUCCUCCCCGGCGCCGUUCGGCCGCGGCCGCGGGGAGGCCGUGAUCCUGGCGGCCGCCCCCACCGUCCCGUCCUUCUCCUCGCUCCCCGGCGCCGGCCGCGGCCGUGGCCGUGGAUCGCUGCCGCCCCCGUCCGGUGAGGUUGCCCCCAAGCAACCGGUCCCCGCCAAGCGGUUCGACGCCCCGCCCCCUUCCGGCCCGGAGGCGCCGGCCGCGGAAGCCUCGUCGUCCGAGGCACUGCCGCCGCCGCCGCGUCCGCUCCCUCCCUCUGGCGCUGGCCGCGGCGUGCCACGGAUGCAGCAGCUGCCGGUGGAUAAGCCCCCCGAGGAGAACCGCUUCAUCCGGCGUCGCGAGGAGAAGAAGGCCGCGUCGCGUCCGGCUCCCAGCGCGCGGCCAAAGCUGUCGCCCGAGGACGCCGUGAAGCGCGCUUUGGAGCUCCUGGCCGCCGGGGACGAUGGCCGACGUGGUGUCCGCGGCGACCGUAAUAAGGGGCGCGACAAUAGACGUGACAGCCGCCGCCCUGGCAGUGCGGACGACCGGCACGAGAUCUACUUGGGGGACAAGGCCGACGGUGACAGACUCGAGAAGAGGCUCGGCGAGGACAGGAUGAAGAUUUUUAACCAAGCGUUUGAGGAGGCGGCAGAGAACGCACUGCCUAGCCCAAUGGAGGAUGCAUACCUGGAGGCUUGUCACACCAAUAACAUGAUUGAGUUUGAGCCGGAGUACAACGUGAGUUUCGAUAACCCAGAUAUUGAAGAGAAGCCACCAAUGUCAUUGGAGGAUAUGCUUCAGAAGGUGAAGCCGUUUGUAGUUGCGUAUGAGGGCAUCCAGAAUCAGGAGGAAUGGGAGGAAGCUGUGAAAGAUGUAAUGGCAAGGGCACCCCAUAUGAAGGAACUGAUAGAUAUGUACAGCGGCCCUGAUGUUGUAACUGCAAAACAACAGGAAGAGGAGCUGCAAAGAGUGGCCAACACUCUCCCACAGAAUAUACCCUCUUCAGUAAAGCGGUUUACUGAUAAAACUCUACUGUCUCUUAAGAACAAUCCAGGCUGGGGUUUUGACAAGAAAUGCCAGUUCAUGGACAAGUUUGUUCGUGAAGUUUCAGAGCAAUACAAGUAAAAGACUCGUACACAGUACACUGUUGUAAGAUCUCACUUAGCCCCCAAGAAGAUUUUGCGGUUUAUUUUUCUAUUUUGAGAAAAGUGAGGUUAUUUUUGGUCCAUGCACGUGUUUUCCUUUUAUGGGAUGCUAAUUAGAUAAAUAAAAUCACUGAUAAACACAUGCAUUUCUUUUGGAAGAUGACAUGGGUGGUCUAGGAUGAAAUUUGUCAUGAUCCCAGCCCAUGAAUGCCUGGGCCAUCCAGAAAACGCUGGGGGAAACUCCCCUACCCUCUUUGUUGUCAUGUUUUAAGUUCUUAAGUGCUAUACUGAUGGGUUGUAUUUUAAAUUGACGAUGGAGUUGACCUGAUUUCUGUCACAUUUGUAUAUUUGAGUUAGUCUAGAAAUAAACGGAAUUUUGUGCCCAAGUGCAGCUCUCUGCAGGGAGUGGUCCUUACAGUGUAGCAGGUAAUGGAAAUACGGUUCCAACAAAACCUAACCUGAUAAUAAUGUUGUGUUGCCCAAUAAAUUACA